CUCGAUGAUUUCUACGUAGAAGGUCUUGGAUUCCGUGAAGCUACCUAGCCAUGAUAUGUCAGUCUUUACCAGCACCCCAAAAUAAGGAUCCUCUAAAUAGGGGCCGCGGCUAGAGGCGCUACUAGUGAUGUCCUACCCCCCAUACGAGGCCAUUUCGAGUCGUAUACAUACAUCGACAUUUCCCCUGGAUUUUUUGAAAGCGCCCAUCAAAUAUUCAGCAACUAUUCUGACAAAAUGGUCUUUAAGAUCUUUGCCAUUGAAAAGGACGUGUCCAUCCAGGGUUACAAGCGCGGAUCAUAUGAUUUGGUUAUUGCAUCUGACAUCCUCCAUGCGACACAGCGGUUACAAGACACUUACGGAGAUGCCGCAGUCUUCUACGUCUAGGUGAUUAUGUAAUGUUAAUAGAGACUACUCUUGAAUCCCUACGAUUCUAGUUCAUGGGUACGCUCCCUGGGCGGUUUUUGGGCAUCGACGAUGGUCGUGUCUGGGCACCGGGCGUCAGUCGAGAUCGCUGGGAUACUAUUUUUUUUUUUAAAAAAAAACAAGAUUUUCCAGCGUUGAUAGCAGUUCACGCUUUCACUCAGCGUUAUGGUAUCUCAAGCCGUUGACGAUGCCAUAACAGUCCUCCGCAAACCCCUGGCAGCCGCCACCAAAUCAUUGCCUCAGAUGAAUGACCUUGUUAUUAUUAGAGGAAAUAGCCUAUCAUCCUCGCAGCUUGCUAACGGCAUACGAAAUUUCGGGGCAAAAUCUAGGAGAAACCCCGUCAAUAGUAUGAUUAACGGAUGUGGACGGUGCAUCCAAAAUGAGAGCCCCGACAUCAAUCUACAGAUUCUAGAUUUCGACAAAAGGAGCUCAGUUAACUCUGCAUUGGUUGUCGAGGUGCUUCUCCGAUUAGUAUUAGCUGGUUCCCUAAGGGUACAAGGAAUUCAGGGCCUCGAUGAGAUCUUCCACGACAUGGAUUUGGAGUUGAGGAUAGCUGAAGCUAUCAUAUGUGGCCAACCGGAUUCGACACAAUCUGCUGAUUUGAUUAUAGGUUUGCAGAAAGUGAACACAGCUGUAUGGAAGGAUAACCCAAGAUUUGGGCUAAACUUCAGAGGAGAAGGGGAGCGUACACAGAGCUCUGACCAGCCAGAAAAGCCAAAAUGAGAGAGUGUGGCACCUAAACUAUAUCAAAAUUUGAACUGGUUGAGUGAGAAGAAUAACGUUGGUGCUUAGAGUAGAUACAGAUUAAACACCGAUAAAUGAGC